AUCGAAACCAUGCACUGUGUAUUGCACUUUAGCCGAGGUUCAUGGACGAUCGAUAUGCCCAUCUAUCUCUAAACUAUGUAAUCGUUGCGGACCAUACGUGUUUAUGGAUGUUCAAUGGUUGACAGCUGUCAGUCGCACAUAGGUUGGUAGUGAGUCACGGUAUUGGCAGUGGAACUGGGUGAAGACCGUUCACCUCGACAGGUGACUAAGAGCCUAGGAAUUGCUGCUACUCUCUUUUCUCUCGAAGUUGUGUUAUCAUCUGUUGCGCACGCACUUGCUCGUAGCUAAAAGCGGUUUAUGCUUUGUUACUUUCCUUUAGACAUACCUAAUCAAGCACUCGCUUUUUGGCCUCCAAGUUUUGUGCUGGUCCGCUACAGGUAUCGCACGUCAUCACCCACCCUUUUGUUCAGAUGUCCAGGUAUUUUUUCGAUAUAACCGGCAUGGCGUCGAGCUCCGUCAGCCAGGAGGACUUUGACAAUGAUUUUGAACUAUCAUCCAGAAGGUCCAGAAUCAGAACGGCUCGAGCACGCAUUGGCCCUCCCAGAACAGGGGAUGGCUCUUCCAUAGGCUUUCAAAAGGAAUCUCAAGGAGUGUGCGAUACAAGUUCAAACAAUGCACCCGAGCAUGAGAACCAGCAGAACAAACCGAUAAUGAGAAAGCAGGACAAACGAGUGACUGGCCGUGUCUUUAGUGUCGUAUCCUGUUUGCACAGGCCAACGCAUAUAAACAAGGGGAAGCAGCAACGCGAUAGACGAAAGCUUAGGGAAAAGAGACGAAGUACGGGAGUGGUACAUUUGCCAUCGACGGAGAGUACAGGAGGUAGUACAGGAGAAGAUGAGGAAGAGCUUAGUGGCACUUGUCUUGAAACUAAACACAACACACAUCACAAUGAGUUCCUUGAUCAUGAACUCCUAGAAGAACGGACAGCAAAAAUGUUUACACAAAGGCGAAACAAAAGGCAUUACCGUACUUCCUACAGGUCAUGUAUAAAUAGGCACAGUUGUCAUUCAGACUUGGAAGCAGACGACGAGGAGUUUGAUUCUCUGAAUCAAUCAGAUAGCGUCAAUCAAUCUGACCACGGAAAUCACGAGCCGCAGACGUCUGUGAAUACUGGCAAUAGACCAAGACUGCCUACGCCCACGGGAGACAAUCCGCACGAAUUGAUUGAACGAGCGCAAGAAGAGAACAGGAGGCUAUUGUCGCUGCUCGAGGAUCGAGAUCACAAGAUCAUGGCGCUCGAAGCACGUCUGUUGCAACAACAGCACGAAAUGACUAUAGAACGUGAACGGCUGCGGGAGGAGAACGCAGCGUUGAUUCGCGCAAUGGCGGCCCUGGCCAGUAAUUAGCUUUCCUUUUUGCGAGGACACCACCCGACGCUACGUGUCAAUCCUACGAUCGUUUUUAGAAAUCAUUGAAUCAGCGGGUUAAGAAGCUAUAUAUAUAUAUAUACCAAUAGUUUAUAUUUAUCGUGAAUUUACUUGUUAAUAAUAGUCGAGAGAGAAACAGCGAAGCGACUUUGAAGACAAGAAAGAACACAUACACGCGCAGUGAAGAAAAAUGAUUAAUUGAUAAGUCACUCGGCAAGAGAAUCAGGGUAAGUUACACAAUAAUACUACAGUCCGCUCUCGAUUCCUCCGUAUCAUGUUUUUGUAACAAGCAAUAGAUCUCGUACGAGCGUACAGGUAAUCAUAAUUUAUCCGCUUCACCUAUAGGGCUUUAGUUGUACGGAUUUUAUUACGUAGCGGGCCAGCGUUGGGCAGAUUUUAAUCGAGGUAAUGCUUGUUGAUUACAAUUAUAAAUAAUCAAUCGUUUACAUACACGAUUUAUAAAGGAAUUAGUGAUCAUUUGAAGCAAUCGUUAGUCGUCACAGAUAACUGACAAUUGACAAAUGAAUUAAUGGUUAAUCGUUCAAGGCGAUUUAUCCGAGUAAUCAUUCGUUAAGGCUCAUCGUUGAAUGUAUCAACGAUUAACCUUCAUUGGAAAAUGACGUAGAUAUUAAUUAUUUAAUUCGUUUGAGAUAAAUAUAUCGUGCUCUAUAAUAUUGUUUCUAAUAGAGAAAUACACGAGUAAUAAUAACCAAAAAAAUACGAAAAUAGUGAUAUUUGACGGAAUUUACUCUCGUUUUAAAUAACGUCACUUGCAGUAGUGUUUUUGAGAAAUAAUAAAGUUAUCAAUUCGAUUAACGAUGCGUGCUAACCGGCAUGAUUCGAUUAGUAGCGAUCGCGAUUACUUCCGUCGACAAAAUUUUUCGAACGCGUAGCCUGAUCGAUCAAUUAAUCGAACGAAAUUAGUUCAUUGAUGCUCAACUCUGGCAGUGGCAAGGGAAAAAUAUUGUUUUGCGUCUUCGUAUUGUUGGUAUCUAAUCUCUGUGCGAUAAAUCGAGGCAAAUAUGUUUUUCGUCAUGUAACAACUUAACGGUAGAAGAGGUGCUCCAGUUUGUUAUGUCAUUGUUGAUUAGACGCGCGAACGAGAUGUGUAAACAUUGGCGAAUCUAUGCUUGACGCGAUUGUAAACCCUUUGAACGUCGGCGAGUAUCCACGCGAAUCGAACAAACGUCUGUUUUAUACUCUUUAACGGAUCUAUCGGUAAUGCUCGACUAUAAUUGUUCUGCGUAAGUUUUUUACCCGCGGAGUUAUUCGCUUCGCCGCGUGCAUCGCAUUGGUGUAAGGUUAAGUGAACUGCAUUGUCGCGCAGCGACCACAAGUUUAAUGCGAUUUGUGUAAAUAGAAAAGCACAAACGAAGCAAUUCCGUACCACGAUGCAUUUAAUUUGAUCAAGAAGAAACGAACAUCUUUCGCGUUUCGAGUCGUGAACGGAGCGAAACGUAACGAAAGGGGUGCGUCACGAAGAGAAAGCAGAAACUCGGCAUUGACCCCUAUUCUACUAUUAGUUAUAUAUAUAAAUAUAUAUAUAUAUAUUACCGCUGCAACCUAAUAUUUACUUCCAGCGAAGCAUACAUACAUAUACAUUUAGAAAGCAGGAGACUGAGGUGUGCAAGUGCAUUAUGCAUGUAAGCGAGCAGAAUCGAGAGAAAGCAAACAGAUCGAAUUUGUAUUUACGUACUUCAUCGUAUGCACAAUCAUGUUUUUAUUACUCCAGUAAUAAGGUCGAAAAUAAUGAAUUAAGUUGAAAAAAAACAAAAGUCUGCGAACACGUUUCCGUUUAUUAUUUAACUGUGUGCACCAUUUCACAGCCGCCAUCUGUCUACGAACUUGGUUUUCUACAUCAAUUUCCAUUCCUUUGGAAUGAAAAAAGCGCAUCGAUAAAAGGGAUCGUUCGGUCUAAGGAGAUUUAUCCCCGAUUACAUCGCGAAAAUUUGGAAAUUUUAUUAUAUUCGAAAUUCGAUAUUUUCUGUCUAAAUAAACAUUUUCUUAACAAUCGUAUCUUUUAUGUUACAAAAUCUGCCUGCUACGCAAAGAUUCUUUUCUUUUGUCCCGGCGCCUUAGGCAUUUUCUUCAUGCCUUGAUUCAAAUGCGUAGCAAAACAUAAUCGUAAACAAAAUUUGAACUAGCAUGAACAUUAUUAUUUCAGAAGGUAGUCGAUUAAUUCGAAAUUUUUGUUACAAUUUUCAUUUGUAUUAGGACUAUCUCAGUAUGUUAAAAACUUUUCUUACAAUGUAAAAAUAAGGUAAAAAAACUUGUAAUAAAUCCCGUUUUAUCCAUCCUAUGUGCAGUCAUUUUGUCAAUUUUUUAGCUCCUGAAUUUCUUCCAUAUUCGUGCAAAAAAAUAAUUUGUAUCUUUCGCUUCUAAUUACUAAAUGAAGCGUAAUCAUGUUCAUCGAUUGUCGAUGCACUGUUGUGAUAUUAUUAAUAACUCGUUUACUGUUAGAAUUGCGCGAAAAAGUUCAGCCAAUAUCUUUGCAAAAAUAUUAAUUAGCGUGCAAAGUUUCUAUAUUCGUAUUUUUCUCGAAAAUAAAAUCCCAAAUAUAUUUCGACCCGAGUUGCGAGGAGACCCCGUUAACGAAAUAAAAAAUAUAUAAACGGGAAGCCAUCGUUCAUGAAACGCAAGGAAUCGACCGCAAAAAGCGUGCGAUUUACAUUUUUAUUCAUAAAAUAACUAAAUAAAUUUU